AUGAGUUCAGAAGGAGGUUUUCGUUUGAAAGGAAUUAGCUCAACAAAGAUUGUCAGUUUAGAUGUCUCUGCAAUUCGUAACAUGGUUGCUAAUGAUUUUAACUAUAUGCCUCCUUUUGAAGACGUGACUAGUUAUUAUAGUUUCGACACGGAUUAUGGUUUAAGAAGCCCGUUCUUUGUCUUAUCAAAUAAUAACCUCUUAAUGUCCAUGAAUUUCUAUCCAUUUUGGUUUCUUUAUGAUAAUAAGUUAAAGAACUUUACAAUAAUGGUGAAUGAUGCAGUUCUUACCUCAAGACCUGCAUGUCAUCUAAAGCAAGCCAUUGAAAGUAAUACUUUGUGGGCAAAGUGCAAUACUGGUGAUAGUGUGGAAUUUUGGAAAUUCGAUCUUUUUUUCCAAAGAUUUGUAAAACUUCGUGUGGUGACCUAUCCAGCCAACAUUACCAUUACAAAUGGAUACAUUGGAAAUAAUAAUUGGGUUCCAACUUCAAAAUAUAUUUACUAUGCAGCUUCUAGAGGUUUCAAUGUUUGGGGACCAGAAACUCAAUUCCUUAAUAGGUGGACCAUUAGUUAUUACCCAGUGGUUGGUCCUUAUACAAUGGAUGAACAACUUGUUGGCACUCGACUAUUAUCAAGGGUUGACAAUAGAGAUUACGUAGAUCAUGCCUCUCUCGCAGAUUCAAUGACUUCAAUGACAUUUGACAGGACCAUUCAGAAAAUAAUGAUUGUCAUGAAUUCAGACAUGGUUUAUCAAGUAUUCGGCAAAAGAAACUAUUUUGCAAAUGACCUCUCCUACAGAUAUCAAGAAAUAAGUCCAGUAGUUCACUUUGACGAAACCACUCGAACCUAUGUUCCUGCCUACAAUGGAAUUGGCAUCUCUCCCUCCACAACCUUCUCCUAUGCCUAUGGUAUUUCAUGGACAUGUGUUUCCCAAUACCUUUCUGCUUAUAGAACUUGGGCUGGCAAUCUAGCACUUUACAAUCAGCAGCAGAGAAAAUUUAUGGCUGAUCCAUUAUAA